CUGUCAGCUGUGAAGUUAGUCUAUUCGCGACUGUCAAAAUGGUCACUAAAAUUUCGUGGUGAUGUUGUUAAUUUAUAAAUCUGAUUACCUUAUAACAGAUAACCUACUAGUUAACAAACGUUAUGCCACAUAAUAAUUAGUUAUGUUGCAAAUAAUAAUAUUAUUAUAAAUAUAAUAAAAUAGUAGUGAAAGUGUUAGUGUUUAAAAGACUGUGAUUUCGUAAUUGAAGGAAUACUUCACAAAGCGCCCUGCCGCUUUUUAACUUUAGUGCAAUGACCACACAUAACAGUGAUGAGCAGAAUACUACACUUGACCUGUCUAGCAGCAGCAGCAAUGAUAGUAAAACAAGUCUUAAUUCAAAGGAGCUGCGCCAUAACGACGAUGGCACAUUGUUUUUUAAGAAGGUCGGCAGUGCCCUUUUCUAUGGAAUGUCAUCCUUCAUGAUAACCGUUGUGAAUAAAACAGUUCUUACAUCGUAUCAUUUUCCAUCAUUUUUGUUCCUAAGUUUGGGCCAGUUGUUGGCUAGUAUAGUGGUACUUGGACUUGGUCGGAAGUUGAAGUUCGUAUCGUAUCCUCCACUAAAACGAAAUACGUUUAUGAAAAUUUUUCCAUUGCCAUUAAUAUUCCUUGGAAACAUGAUGUUUGGCUUAGGUGGCACAAAAGAACUAAGCUUGCCCAUGUUUGCCGCACUACGUCGUUUUUCAAUAUUAAUGACGAUGUUACUGGAAUUAAAAAUAUUAGGAGUACGACCUUCGUUUGCUGUACAAGUUAGCGUAUACGCCAUGAUAGCUGGUGCCCUACUGGCCGCUUCGGAUGAUCUGUCAUUUAACAUGAGAGGAUAUACCUUCGUAAUGAUAACCAAUGCGCUUACUGCAUCGAAUGGAGUGUAUGUAAAAAAGAAGCUGGACACUUCGGAAAUUGGCAAAUAUGGACUAAUGUUUUACAAUUCACUAUUUAUGGUUAUACCUGCACUGCUUGUUACUUAUGUUACUGGAGAUCUGGAUAAAUCGGUCGCCUACAAUCAAUGGCAAAAUCCUUACUUUGUCAUACAAUUCCUAAUGAGUUGCUUUAUGGGCUUCAUUCUAUCAUACAGUACAAUACUUUGUACGCAAUACAAUUCCGCGCUUACAACAACAAUUGUUGGCUGCUUAAAGAACAUAUGUGUAACAUAUCUGGGCAUGUUCAUCGGCGGCGACUACAUCUUCUCAUGGCUAAAUUGUAUAGGAAUUAAUAUCAGUGUAUUUGCGAGUUUGCUAUACACAUACAUUACGUUCAGGCGGAAGCAAGCACCUGAUAAGGAACUAUUAAUACCAACAACAAGAGGAAUAGCAGUGUAGUAUACUAAGAAAUUUACUUGUAGAUAAGUAUUAGAUGUAUAAAAAGUAUUGCCGACACAUUCAACACGGAAAACGUGCAUUAUCUAUCAAAAAUAUAUGUACGUACAUAUGUGAGAUGGUAUUUGCAUUCGGAAGCUAAUACUAAAGCAGAGAAAAACGAAACUAAACGCGAAAAGUUAUUCGACGUCAAAAAUGUAGAUAUUAAUGAGAAAACAAAGCGUUUGUACGAGUACACACUAGGACGAGGCAUUAAAAAUAUGCGUGUAUAUUUAAUAAAUUAUAAGAACCAAUAGCCAUGUACGUAAUAUUAUAUCGUUUAGUUUUUAAAAAAUUGCCAAAGCCAUAGUUAUACUUUGAUAUGUGUAGCAUUGAAUUUUAUGUUCCGAUUUAGGGGAGGUAGCAAUUUAUUUGUAAAUAAGUUGUGGGUGUUAAAAAUUGCAUGCAACUAAAGUGUCAUAGUCACUAGCUCGACAAUGGGCAAUGUAUGUAAUUUUGCUAUUGAUUUAAGUACCAAAUGAUAUAAAAAAAUUAUAAAAGAUUUACUUUAGUCAAACUAAAUUUGUUUGUGAUUUUGUAUAUCUAAAAUAAAAUAUAACUCAUGCAUAUUUUACUAAAGGAAAA